UUGAUUCAUUCACACCAGAUGGCUAUUGUUGUGUUGGCUGUUGUCAUUUUCUUAUUUGACAACAUAAAGGAAAAGAGGUCGAUGCCCCUGACUCAAUAGUCAGGUAUUGCAUGUUUUAAAACUUGCAGCACACAGUGUGCGGUGGCACCCGGGUGGCAAUGGCUGCCCUGGCCCUCCUGGUGCCACCUGAGAGCACUCCACACCUGCACUUCUCUGGGGGCCUGCCUGCCAGCCGGUGUGUGGGGAGGGAGGGGUGUCCCUGACCCCUCCCCCCACUUCUGGAUCCCCUCUCAAUCAGAGUCUGGGAAGCCUGUGAGGCCUCUCCCAGGCUUAGGACCAACCCAAAGCCCCAAGUAUGAGGUGUCCCUGUGGGCCCGAGGCGGCCCCGGAGGAGAGAGCGGAGCAGAAACCCCUCAGCUCCCCAGCAGCUCCUCCUGCUCCGAGCCUGGAACUGGGGAAGAAGCGGAAUGGGGGCGUGGGGUAGGUUGGCUGCGGCAGGCUGGGCUGGGCAGGGCUGGGCUGACCCCUCCCCAGCGGGGGGCGGGACCCCAGGAGGAGCGAGGGAGCCGAGCCCCAAAGAGGACCAGACACGAAGAGGCGAGAUGGCGGGAACCGGUCUCGGGGCCCGCUUGUACCGGCAGAUCAAGAGACAUCCCGCGCUCAUCCCCAUGAUCGGCUUCAUCGGCCUGGGCAUGGGCAGCGCUGCGCUCUACUUGCUGCGGCUCGCCCUGCGCAGCCCCGACGUCUGCUGGGACCGGAAGAACAACCCGGAGCCCUGGAACCGCCUGAGCCCCAACGACCAGUACAAGUUCCUUGCAGUGUCCACGGAUUAUAAGAAGCUGAAGAAGGACCGGCCAGACUUCUGAGCCUGGCUGGGACGGGUCCAUGUCCUCCACCGACGUCAGCCUCCUCCUUCCUGCCACUCAGCCCCCAGCCUCCAGGGCGCUCUCACCACCCUGCCCAGCUCCUGUGCACACAGGCCUGGUUCCCACGCUGCAGAGGGGAGGCAGCUCCACCCCCACCCUCUUCCCUCGCUCCCUGCAGCGGAAGCACCCCUGACCCUCAGCUGGAGUCCCACGCAGGGGGGAGGGGGUGGGAGAGUCAGGAGGUGGGGCCCCAGAGGGUUGACUCAAAAGGCCCAAGGGGGCCCCCCUGCUAGGCUGCAGGGGCCUGACAGGGUGUGGCGCAGGCUACGUGAGGAGCGUGGCAGACGUGAGCCAGGAGCAGGCAGGGGCCUCUGAGCGCCAGGCGACGUGGCAGGCCCCGCGUUUGCCCAGGCCCUGGCGCCCUCCCAGGGCGGCGCUGCGCUCCCUGCCUGGGCUCCUUGCCUGCGGCCCAGCCUGCUCGGGAGGAGGCACCUCUCAGCCCGGGGAGGGGCAGUGCGCGGCUUCCUGCGACUCAGGAGCCAACCCGCAACCCUCUCCAGCCUCGCACCUGGGCCUCCCCCUGCCAUCCACCCCUCCUCGCUCCCCUGUCCCCUGGGAUCAAACAGAAGCAGCCAUGGGCAAAAUACAAUUUCAUUUAACAAAUUGAAUUUGCUGCGCCUGCUAAUCACGUCUGGUGUCGGCUCUGAUCAGAGACAGAGAGGAGGCU